AUGGAUCCAAUGGAGGAAGGAAACGUGAGCUGUGGAGUUAAAAACUGUGCCACGCCAGGAUUCAAAGACUACCGCUUCGACAUAGUAAUCCACAAGGAGUUACCAUGGUCUGGAUUCAUCUGGCUUGUCUUCAGCCUUCUUGGAAACACACUGACCCUUCUGGUGGUUUGGCUCCGCCCACACAUGAGAAGCUCCACCGACCUCUACCUGGGCAGCAUGGCUGUUAGUGACCUGCUGAAUCUCCUGCUGCUGCUUCUGGAUAUACACAAGGUCAUGAUAGGGUUAGGAGUCUUCGCCUGUAAGCUGACCGUGUUCCUCUCAGAGUGCUGCUACUACUGCACCAUCCUCCACAUCACCUUUCUCUCCCUGGAGAGGUACCUGGUUGUCUGCUGGCCAAUCACCUCCAAGACGCUGAUGACACAUCGCAGACCCAGGGCUGUGAUUGGCUGCCUCUGGCUGGGAGCGGCUGUCAGUGCAGCACCAUUUUUGGUCAUGGUGGAAGUGGAUCAUAAGGGAAAAGAGCAUGAAAAAGAAUAUUGCGGAUUAUCACACUCCUCAUUCUCCUCUGGCCUCAUGUUGCCCAUAUUAAUUAUCUACAACCUGUACUUCCUGGUACCCCUGUGCAUCCUGGGACUGGUCUUCAUCCUGAUUGGACGGACUCUGAGGCUCCGUCCAAAAGGCAGCCUUAAAGACAAGAGUCAGCAACGCACAGUCAAGAUGCUGGGAGUGAUCUUCUUGGCCUUCUUCCUGUGCUGGCUGCCCUACAUCGUCUGUCAGACCAUGUUUUCUGGCAUCAACCCUCUGGUGUACCACUUGAUGUCCGCCAGGUACAGACACGCUAUCUUUGAGCAACCUGAUGGUGGAUGUUGGGAGGAAACCACUGCAGCCAACCUCCACAGGGAAAACUACUCCUACUACUACAGAUCCAGGUUAAGCAGAGACAAUAACAACAUCAUGUGCUGGAAGCAGCUGGCCAAUCACAACAGGGUAAGUCAGCUGGCCAAUCAGAGCAGACUGGACUAUGGGUGUGGCCUUAAAUAG